GGGGGUAAGAAUUGGCCGUUCUGGUUGGGAUGCACUUGCAAUUAAUUUCAUCCCAGUGCGAAAAUUUGUCCUAUUUUUUUCACAGAGGAUUCACAGUAAACCGGCAAAGAAGAGCUUUUUGUGGCCACUUUUUAAAGCAGGUGUGAAAUGACCGUGUUUUUCAUAUUUUGAGACUUUGAGACUUUUAGUGGUGAAGAGCGCCGCCUGUGGUGACACAAAGUUACCCGGGUCAGCAAGAAUAAUCAAGAUGGCUCUCCAUGCAGUUGUUGGCGUGAGAUUUCUCGCGUUGAAAUUGUCAAAACAGUGCUGCAUAUCAACAACUUUGAGGUAUGUGGAACCUGUUCAUAUACAGGCUGCAAGAUGCUUAUCACAAAAUGAAGAACUGCCAAGAAAACCUAAAAGACCGACCACACCCUUUGUAGUGUUUGCAGAAAAAAUGUUCAAUUCAAGUCCAGAACGAAAUUAUUCAAAGAUAUUGAAAGAUGCAAGUAAGGAGUGGGCAAACAUGUCGGAUGAAGACAAAACGCAAUAUUAUGAUACAUAUAAAGAAAGGUUUGCAAAAUACAAAGAAGAAAUGAAAACCUAUCAACCAACAGAAGAGGAGACUGAGGCUCAAAGGAAAAAGAAAGCAAGAGAACAGCGACGAUUAACAUUAAAGAAGCUUGCUAAGCUUGGUAAGCCCAAGCUACCUGGAUCAUCCUACAGUAUGUAUGUAAGAGAAAAGAUGAAAAGUGCAGAUUCCAAAGGGAGGCAGAAAGAGGUUAUGAUUGAAGCUAGUACAGACUGGAAAUUUCUAACUGAAGAAGAAAAGCAACCGUACAAAGACAUCUUCCUCCAAGAGAAGAAAAGAUAUAUGAACGAGAUGGAAGUAUGGGAAAAAAAGAUGAUAAAACUUGGCAACAAUGACUUGGUUAGACGGAAAACAAAGCAGCCUGUCCAAGGUAUCGAUGUAAUUAAUUGCUGGGAAAUUGAAAUUAACAAACAAGAAAGACUGAAGAUGGGUCAACCAAUUUGA